GUAACCGCUGUCGACAGCGCAAAGUAGGCGGCUCCAUAUUCCCUAAAUCUGUAGAAUUACGCCACUCAGAUACUUCCUUUCAUUUUUCAGAUUCGCUGUGAUCGCUCGACCCCCUGUUCACAAUGCAUUCGUGCAAAGACUCGAUGUAUGAGCAAAGAAUGGAAUACAUGGUACAGAAGCUGGAUGAGCUCAGCCAAAAGGUGGCCACGUUGAGCAAUGCUUCAUUCAUCCCGCCGGGCUCCCAUCAGUCUGCGAUUAUCGAACCAUCUCCUGUGGGUGAACGGGGCCCAGAAACUUGUCCAUCAAUAUCAGUGUCUCAUCCUCUAGUCAAGAAUGACUUGAGAAGCUCUACUGUAGCCUCCAAAACCGAAUAUGAAGGCGGAUCGUCGCUGUCUGCCCACGCCAUUUUUGCCACGAGGUAUCUUCAGGACGUGGUUAGCAACACAAACUCUCCCCAGAUCGCGCAGGAGAUGACCUCGAUUCUUGAUACGCUACAUGGCAUAAUCGAAGACUUGAAACAGCAAAGGGACACCCUUGACAAUCUUUACCCACAUGCUAAACCAAUACCUCCUGGUUCUAGUAUAAGGCACCUUACUAUGCCCCCAGUUGAAAUGACUCUUGCGUGUUUACGGAUGGCCAAAGAGCAACCCAGAGUUCAGUGUUUCUGGCUUAUCGAAUUGAUAUCUAUUUCGCAAUUCAACGAUUACUUUUUAAGAGUCUACUCCCCUGGCCCAGCCACAGAUGCUGAUAUGAUAAUAGUCAACGGAGGCCUUUACUGGCUUUACUGCGAGUGUGCUAGCCUGUUUGUAGAUCAAAAAGUUAAGGAGAACUAUAUGGACCAGGCUAUGCGGUGCCGGGAUAAUCUCGAGACAGUUUUGUCAAAUCUCCCAUUCCAUAUGCCAGUCACCAUUGAUGUUGUCUUUGCUAUGAAUGUUGCUGCAACAUACUGUCUCCAAAUGGCCAAGCCAUCAGUAGCAUGGAGUUUCAUUACUACGGCAUCUCAUCUAUCUCAAACGCUCGGCCUUCAUAGCGCCCACGCUCUAAGCACCGACGACUCAGAAACUAAGAACAAAAAGAUUCGUCUAUUUUGGGCCGUGUUUCUCACGGAAAAAUCGUUGUGCUUACGACUGGGACGAUCGUCCACUUUUCGAGACGAAGACAUCACGAUACCGCGGAUGGCUUUCGAGCAGAGUAUGGAGUCUCUAUUAGUACCUAAGUGGAUUGAUUUAGCGAAAAUCCAGGGGAAGACAUACGACGAUAUCUAUAGCCCUAGUGCUCUGAUGCAGCCGGUAGAUAUCAGAAUCUCCCGUGCAAGGGCUCUGGCGGCCGAGGUAAAGAAACUCAUGGAUUCUGAAGAUGAAUUAGAGAGAAGAUACAACAACGAAAGACGCCGUGCCAUUGGAGACGAUCUCCACGAGAUUAUUCUGCGUUCAGAUAAGGUCUGGAAUCUAUCUCUACUAUCACUCAUCUAUCGAGCAAUCCCUCCUGAAAAACCAUCGGGAACUGCCUUCUGUGACGAAUGCAUAGCUACAGCACGAGAAGCCCUCGAAGAGCAUGAAAAAUGUAUUGCCCUCAUCCUCAGUUGCCCUUGGCAUGAGAGUUUCCUGGAAGUGUACAUCAACUGGACCCUACUCCAAUUUCCUUUCUUUCCUUUCAUAGUCCUUUUCUGCUACAUCGUCGAGACAUCUGAGCCCGACGACCUGAAGUGUCUCGGCGCUUUUGUCGAGGUACUCCAGUCAGUUCGUUCCACAGUUACCUACAAAACUUCCAGAAAUCAGGUCCGCCUGUUUCGAGCCCUAUAUGACGUGGCGAGAAAAUACGUAGAGGUGAAGGCCAGCACUCCCAGAGUACGAAUGAAUGUACCAAGCAGCAGCAGCAUGGGUGUUCAUGUUGCAAAUUCUAGUUCCAUAGGGCCUAGCAUGCUUAUUCAGUCAUCAUCGAUGAACCCGGGUCAGGCUUCUUCUAUCCCUGGAGUUCUACAGAGUGUGUCUGAGGCUGGUUUGUCUAACUCGUGGGUCAAUAGUGGCCAGCAGCUAUUGACACAGAUGCCUGGGUAUGGGCCCAGUAUGUACGCUUCCACGCCCGCGCAGACUGAUUUUAAUAAUAAUAUGGAAAUGGACUUAACGGGGAUGGAGCUGGGAGAGUGGUUCUAUGAGAAUCAUCAGAUGUUCCGGUUGUUGGAUGAUGGGCAUCUUUGGUAACUGUACAAUGAAUUUAGUACGUUCAGGUGGCUUCGCUUACAUGUAUAACGGAAUUCGGUCAUCGUUGGUGCUGUUGCAUUCAGACUUUACGUUUAUUUAGAUAUCUGUAUACAAGCGCAUGAUCGUCC